UCCUCCCUCCCUCCAUCCUCCCUCCCUCCAUCUCCUCUCUCUCCUCUCGACAGGCGGCAGGCGGCAGGAUGGACGUCGUAAAUCAGCUGGUGGCCCAGGGUCAGUUCAGGGUGCUGAAGGUUCCUCUGGGCUUCAUUAAGGCCUUAGAAUGGUUUUUCGCCAUCUUUGCCUUCUCCACCUGUGGCAGUUAUUCUGGGAUGUUCAAGAUGUCGGUGGAGUGUAAGAACCGGACCGACAGCGACCUGAAUAUUGAUGUGGACUUUGAGUAUCCGUUCAGACUCCACCAGGUGUACUUCGAUGCGCCCACCUGUAACGGGGGAGAAAAGGAGCGUCUCUUCCUGAUUGGCGACUACUCCUCCUCGGCUGAGUUCUUCGUCACCAUCGGCGUCUUUGCCUUCCUCUACUCCACGGCGGCUCUAAGCAUCUACAUCUUCUUCUUCGAGAAGUACAAGGAGAACAACAAAGGUCCCCUGAUUGACCUGGGUGUGACCGGAGUGUUCGCCUUCAUGUGGCUGGUGAGUUCGGCGGCCUGGGCCAAAGGUCUGUCCGACGUGAAGACAGCGACUGACCCAGGGAAAGUGGUCACUCUGAUCUCCGCCUGCAAUGCUGAAGUGAACCGCUGCCGUGAAGUCCACGACCCGGUCAUGUCCGGACUCAACACCUCUGUGGCUUUUGGUUUUAUCAACCUGAUCCUGUGGGUGGGAAACCUCUGGUUCGUCUUUAAGGAGACAGGCAUCAUUGCUCCCUUCAUGCGAGCUCCACCUCCUCAGGAGAAACCUGCCGCACCAGAAGCCUACGGUCAGCAAGGGGCAUACGAACAAGAUCCCUACGCCAGCAACCAAGGAGGCUACCAACCUGACUACAACCAGCAAGGAUACAACCAGGAUGCAGAGUACGGUCAGGGCUACGGCCAGCAGGCAGCGCCCACUUCCUUCUCCAAUCAGAUGUGAACUGACAGUAAGCAGAGACCGUUGGAGUGAACCAACAGUGGGUCGCCUGCAACCUACCCACAAUGCAACACUCCCAUCUGUCUGCAGGGUUACCGGGUGGGGAGUGGGGGUGGGGGUGGGGGUUUAGAUGUUCACUAUAAUGAAUCGAUGUGUAAAUGAUACAAAAGAGAGUUAUAAAUAACAAAUCCACGACUUGAACAAAGUACCAAAACAACAACAACAACAACAACAACAACAACAACAACGCUGACGAAUAGGAACCCUCUGAAACAAGUGAUGAUGUUGAUAAUUCAUAUUAAUAUAAUCUGUGGAGAGAAUGUAUGUUUGUGUUGUAUAGAUAUCACUUUGAACAGAUAUAUAAUAUAGAUCAACUGUUUAUUCAUGUUUCCUAUCGGUCCCCAUCCUAAGCCCCUCCCCCCUUGCACCAGCCAAUCAUAAAGCAGUUCAGACUGGGUUCAGAUCAGAUCCAAACCAGAUUGAAACUACAAUCAGAUGAAUCCCAACCGACCCUGCGUCCGCCGACGUCACCUCCCGGCUGUUUGCUGUUUGUCUUGCUGCAUGUAAAUAUCAACACAGGAAGUGAUGUCACUCUGAGGACGCAGUAAACCCAGUCUGGACUUCAUGGUGGCGGCAGGUGGAAAUUGGAUCCAAAAUGGCUCCUUGUCAUUACAGUUUGCCCUGUUUGUGUGUUUGAUUAACGAGCUUUGUUCUGCUGUCUGUUACAUUCCUGCGGCGCAAACGUCCGUCUGAAACCAAACCGCCGCUGCUGCUGGUUUCUACUGGUUGCUACUGGUUGCUACUGGUUUCUACUGGUUGCUACUGGUUGCUACUGGUUUCUACUGGUUGCUACUGGUUGCUACUGGUUGCUACUGGUUUCUACUGGUUGCUACUGGUUGCUACUGGUUUCUACUGGUUGCUACUGGUUGCUACUGGUUGCUACUGGUUUCUACUGGUUGCUACUGGUUGCUACUGGUUGCUACUGGUUGCUACUGGUUGCUACUGGUUUCUACUGGUUGCUGGUUUCUGCUGGUUGCUACUGGUUUCUACUGGUUGCUACUGGUUUCUACUGGUUGCUACUGGUUUCUACUGGUUGCUACUGGUUUCUACUGGUUGCUACUGGUUGCUACUGGUUGCUACUGGUUGUUACUGGUUGCUGGUUUCUACUGGUUUGUACUGGUUUCUACUGGUUGUUACUACUUUCUACUGGUUUAGUAGAAGGGAUACAAAAACAAGAAUUAAAGGAUGUUUCCCAAGUUUUAGAAGCUGGUGACUAGUUUAGUUAGUUAGCUAGCUAACAAUUCCCCUUCCUAAAAAUAAUGUUAGCGGCUCCAUAAACUACUGAGUCUACUGCUGGAUGUUCUCCAGACAAUUCAAAUAAAAAUUGGCAAAAUUAAGUUUAUUAGCUCUUGCUAGCUGGCUAGGCUACGUUAAACUUGCAGUGGAUGAGAUGUGAAAUAAAUCUGUCCAGAAAGCAUGAAGACUUUAAUCAAGUAAAACAAAAUGGACGCCAGGGGAACUAGUCUAGUUAACGGUUUGCAUUUUCAGAUAACACUUAAUGAACGAAUCAGCUGUUAGCUUACGUUAGCUGUGCUGCACCAGGAGAACAAAAAGAGAGCCAGCAUUAGCAACCUAAGGAAGCUUCCUGUGUGUCCUUAAACUUUAACCUCCUGCUUCCUCAGACGGACGUUUCCGUCGGAGCUCAACUUGCUGUUUAUUUGUUUUGGGCUUUCAGCCAAUCAGCUGUUUCUGUAAAAGUCUGGAAAGUUUCUGGGUCUGAAAAAUAAGAAAAAAACUUGAUGCUUCUUCUUCGGUUGUUUUUUUGUUUUUGGGAAAGUGAAGCUGUUUUUAGCGUCGGUAUCUUCCUCCGCAUGGUGACGUGUUUCUGCUCGUGUUGUACAGUAACUGAUGAUCAGUGUGAUUCUACUUCCUGUUCUCCUGUACAGGUGUGUGUGUGUGUGUGUGUGUGUGUCUGUCCAUACCUCUUCUAUCUCUCUCUACCACUCACUCUCUUUUCUCUCCUCCUCCUCUUCAUCACUUCUUUCCCUUUUAUUGUCUCCUCUCUUUCUUUGUUUCUUUCCUUCUUCCUCCUCCUCACUUUCUCCUUUUCAAUACUUCCCUUUCUCUACUUCUUUGCUCUAAUUCGCUCCUUCUCCUCUUCCUCUUCCUCACCCUCCUCUGGUUCUUCUUCGUGACUCUCCUCUCUGCCUCUGUGAUGUAACUUCCCGUGUGAUGAUCUAUUCCAGCAUAAGUAACCAUGGCGACGGUGUUGACAGUGCUGAUGAUGAGUGUGUGACUUGUUGCUAUGGAGACGCCCCCCCCCCCCGUGUUUAUUCAGUGUAAAGUUUCAAUAAACUGCGAACUCGUC